AUGUACUUCUCGGAUGACCCGGCGCCGAUGGCUCGUUUUCGCCCCGACUGGCUCCAGUCGCCGGACCGUCGAGCACAGCCACACAGAAUCGCCGGGCAUCACGGGGGCCCACCGGCCAAAAGCGGCACAGCCAGCCCGCACGGGCCAAAAAAAGCUUGGCUGGGAAGCUUUGCGCCGAACUGUGGCGAGCGUACGAUUUUGGUGGGUACGUACUUGUCCUUCCCUUCAAUUCGUUGUGUGUCGCCCCUUCCCUUGACGCCCCUUUCACCUUCGUCCACUCAGGCGAUGAGAAAUGUCAUGAGGAAGGGCAUCCAGAUCGGCGAGCUAGAUAGUUUCGUCAAGAAGGCUCCUGAGAAUGCCGAAUCGACCGAGGCUUCAGCUCUAAUGGAGGCCGAGCCGACACAGGCUGGGAUCGAGCGGCAGGUCCCGGCGGCCGAGAUCACAGGUAUCGUGACGUGCGCAGCGCGCAGAAACAUGGUUUUCGGCAGGCUUUUUGCGAUGGGCUUGCGGCAAAGCCUCGGUGUUCCGAUUGGAGUGAUCGGGGUCAACCGUGAGGCUCCUCCUAAGAUGACGGAUCAGGCCGCGGAGCCCCUCCAGGCUCCGCCCAUCCAGGAGACCAUGGAGCAGGCAAACGAGUCCAGGCCAGAGACCGCAGAGCUGUUCCAGGUCAUGGCAAGCUUGAGUUCCGAUCCCGCUAUGACGGGGCGCGCAGACUGGGAGGCUCCAGCUCCUCAGGAUCUGACCACAGAACAAGAGACCGUGGAGCAGGCAAAUGAGCCGAUGAUACUGCGGAGCCGCUCCAGGCAGAUGAGCCAAUGCCGGAGAUCAGCCGGGGCACAGCUCCAAGAUGGAGGCUUGCCGAUCAUCGCAACACCCUAG